AUGCUGUUCCACAGCUGUCCCACCGGCGCCGCUUCCUUUGCCCCUGCUCUGCAUCCGCCGCUCUUCCUCGAGACGCUUCCGCCGGCGGUCGUCUUCCAGCCCCCGACGGCAGCUGCCGGGGGACUGAGCCCGGGCUCGCCUCCGGUGCCGCCCUUCCCCUUCCAGCGCCUCCCCGCCACUUUCCUGGGGCCGCCUCCGCCGCCCGCCCUUCCCCUGCUCCGGCCGCCUCCGCUCCCCCGGCCUGUGCCAGUGCUGGCCGCGCCCUUCCCCGGGAAGAGAUCCUCGCCCAAGAAGAGGAGCCUCGAAGGAACGCCGGACUCGGAGCAGCGCCCGCCCAGCUACCGCUUCACGGCCCAGGAGCUCCACGCCGUCCUCUACGGCGCCCUGCCCGGCGGGAAGCAGCCGCGCGCCCUCUCGGCAGGAGAUGCUGACAGUCAGCCCCCACUGCUGGAUAGAUCAACUUUGCAGCUUCCCAAAGGUCUGACUGUGUUGCAGACUGUAUUUGUGGAAGGUCCACAGCUGGGUGUCUUCUGCACAGAAACCAUCCUCAAGGGUAUUCGGUUUGGUCCCUUCCAGGGCAAGGUGGUCAACACCAGCGAGAUUAAAACUUAUGAUGACAAUUCCUUGAUGUGGGAGAUUUUUGAAGAUGGCCAGUUGAGUCACUUCAUCGAUGGCAGAGGCUCUUCUGGCAACUGGAUGUCAUUAGUGAACUGCGCCCGCUUCCCAGAGGAGCAAAACCUGACAGCCCUUCAGUGCCAAGGCCAGAUCUACUAUGAGAGCUGCAAAGAAAUCACACCUGGCCAAGAACUGCUGGUCUGGUAUGGCGACUGUUACUCGCAAUUCCUAGGCAUCCCUAUCAGCCUGAAGGGGACAGCAGAAGGAAAACGAACCCCACAGCACAGUGAAGAAUCUGUGGAGGGUUAUAAAUGUGAGCGUUGUGGAAAAGUGUUUGCCUACCGAUACUACCGGGACAAACACCUGAAGUACACGCGGUGUGUAGACCAAGGGGACAGGAAAUUCCCAUGCCAUCUUUGCAACCGAUCUUUUGAAAAAAGGGACCGUCUGAGGAUCCAUGUUCUCCAUGUCCAUGAGAAGCACAGACCUCAUAAAUGCUCUGUAUGUGGUAAAAGUUUCUCUCAGUCCUCCAGUCUAAACAAGCACACCAGGGUGCACUCUGGGGAACGACCAUAUAAAUGUGUGUACUGCAACAAGGCCUUUACUGCCUCCAGCAUCCUGCGUACUCACAUCCGCCAGCAUUCAGGAGAGAAGCCCUUUAAGUGUAAGCACUGUGGUAAAGCGUUUGCUUCACACGCUGCCCAUGACAGUCAUGUGCGGCGCACGCACAGUACUAAAGAUAAAGGCUGUACAUGCACGCUGUGUGGUAAAACAUUCCUAGAGGCAGAAGAAUUCCGCUUCCAUAUGAAAUUCCACACAGCUCUUUAG